CUCUUCUCUCUCACCAGCCUCCAUCUCCGGCCACGCCACAUCCCUUCUCGUCUCGCUCGCAGUGAGCCCAGCACUGGCCACAGACGCCCGCGAUGCCCACUCCGCGCGCCGCCAAGAGCUCGCCGGCGGCCGUCGUGCCGGCCAAGGCAGCCGCGAAGUCGCCUCGCGCCCCGCCGGCAGCCGCCUCGCCGAGCAAGAGCAAGGGCAAGGCGGCGCUGCCUGCCGCCGCCAAGGCGGCGAGCGAGAGCUCGCUGAAGCCGAUUCCGGCCGUCGGCGAGGCGCCUGCCAGGCGGCGGACGCGCAAGGCUGCGCCGGCGCUGCACGUGGAGCCCAUUGCCCAGGGCGCCGCUAGCCAGCACCCACCAGUCUUCACCAAGGACAAUGACUACUACUUCGUCGCAGCCGGCUCCUCGAUCAAGGUGCACUCGCGCCUCACCGGCGAGCUCGUCUCGACGCUCUCAGCGCGUUCCACCUCGGAGAGCGGCAGCAGCGCGGCCCGGCGGCUCGAUGUCGUGCACACCGAGCAGGUCACUGCGCUCGCCCUCCACCCGGCCAACCCGCUGCAGCUCGUCAGCGCCAGUCUGGACGGCACGCUCAAGAUCUGGGACGUGCUGGACGCGACGCUGCUGCGCUCGCUCGACGUCGGCCUGCCCAUCACCCACAUGGCGCUGCACGCCAGCCAGCCGGGCGUGGCGUACGUGGCCGUGCGCAAGCCGAAGAGCAACGGGCCGAGCGACAAGACGGACCCUUUCAACUUCACUGGCCGCACCAACUCGAUCAUCUACUCCGUGGCCCUGUCUUCGCGCAACACCACCUCUGCGCCCAAGGAGGCCAACGGCAGCGGCAGCCUCGUCUCGCUGAAGGCGUCGACGCUGCUCCGCAUCGGCAAGACGCGCGACGCCGCCGCGCUGGCCGUCUCGCCCGACGGCCAGUGGCUCGUGGCCAUCGGCAACCGCAAGGUGCAGGUUGCGCGUCUGGCCUCGCUGCGCGAUGGCUUCGUCAAGUACGUCUCGGACGAGCGUCUCGUCUCUCUGGCGUUCCAUCCGCACGAUGGCACCUUUGCGACCGGUGAUGUCGCCGGCAAGAUCCGCAUCUGGUAUUGCCUGAACACGGACGCCUCUGGUGUCUCUGGCGCAUCUGCGUUCAGUGCGGCGGCGCAGGUCACGGGCGUCGAGAAGCACGCCACGAGCACGCUGCUGCACUGGCACGCGCACGCCGUCUCCGGCCUGGCAUACGCACCGAACGGCGCGUACCUUCUCUCCGGCGGCGAGGAGGCUGUGCUUGUGCUGUGGCAGCUGCAGACCGGACAGCGCGAGUACGUGCCGCGGCUGGGCGCUCCGAUCGCGUCGGUUGCCGUCGCCGGAGGACUCGAGGGCCGCGAGCUUGAGUACGUCGUCGGCCUCGCCGAUGGCAGCACGACCUUCGUCAGCGCCGUCAAUCUCAAGCCGCUGCGCAGCUUCGCUCGCGUGAAGAUUGACUCGUCGCGCCUGCUCUGCUCAUACAAGCAGCUGGCCGCGUUGCCCGCUCCGCUUGCCACACAUCCGGCCACGGGCCAGCUCGUCAUGAGCGCCGGCCACCCCUCGAGCCUUCAAUUCUUCGACGCUGGCGCCGACCGCCACGUCAGCGAGCUUGAGGUGGCGCCGUCGAACCGCGUCUCGCGCCCAGACGAUGCGGCGCUCGAGCCGGUGCGCGUCGAGCGCGUCGCACUGUCCACUGGAGGCGCCGGCGGUGCCGAGUGGAUGGCCACGUACGAGGCUCGUCGCGGCACUGCAGCCGAGAGCGGCAGUGGCGAGCUCGACCGCUGCCUGAAGUUCUGGCGCUGGGACGUGCGUGAGGGCAAGUAUGCGCUCAACAGCCGCAUCGACGCGCCGCACGCUGGCAGCAUCACCUCCAUGGCCUUCCGUCCGCCCGGCCCUGCCGCCCUGCGCAAGGGCGCGAAGGACGCUGCCAAGGAGCACCCUCUCUUCGUCAGCACCGCGGCUGACGGCCAGAGCAAGACGUGGCGCGUCGUGAGCCAAGCCGUCAAGGGCGGCAAGACGCAGCAAUACUGGACUGCCCGCUCGGUCUUCGGCUUCCGCUCCACGACUCCGCUUGAUUCAGCCUUCUCGCCCGACGGCUCUCUGCUCGCCAUCGCGCAAGGCACCUUCGUCACCGUCUGGGAGCCGGAGAGCAACACGAUGCAGACGGCUCUUUCUUGCCCUGAGCUCCGCGCAGCACGGCAGGUCAUCUUCGCCGGCUCUGGCGGGCGCUUCCUGGUUGUCGCUGGCUCUCAGGCCAUCGUCGUGUGGGACCUCGUUCUCGGCGUCAUCGCGUGGCAGCGCGCCUUCGAUGCGCCCAUCGACCGGCUGUUCCGCGCUGCUCAUGACCCGACCUCCUUCAUCGUCGUGUCCCAAGCUUCUGCUGAGCGUGGCCCUCAAUAUGGCGCUCGUCGUUCGGUCGUGCAGACGUUCGACCCUCUGCAGCCACAGCCAAAGUCGACACACUCUGUGCCUUUCGGCAUCCGUGCGGUUGCAGAGAUGGGCGCGCUGACGCCGGCCAAGUCGGCCGUUCCGGCCUUCUACGCCCUCUCCGACGCACUCGACGUCGUGUGUGUCGGCGCUGUGCCCAGCCCGCCUGCUGCAUCGGCAUCGGCUCAGGCUCUCCGCGGCGUGGCCGUGGCUCGCCGUACGCUCUUCGACGACCUGUUUGGCGAGACGGAGCUUGCAGACGGCGCCGCACCGCUGGACAGCGCACGCGAGGCAGCACGCAGCAACAGCAAGGAUGUGUUCGGCCUCUUCGAUGCUCCUGCACACUUGCUGCCGCCGCUCAGCGCUCUCUUCACGCCUUUCCUCAAUGCGCUCCUGCCACCAGCACAGCCAGCAGGCGAGGCGACCUCGGCGAGCGGCGCACCUGCCGCAGGCAGCGCCAUGGAUCUUGACGGCACAGAUGCGGACGAGGAGGGCGCGGAUGUCGGCGCGGGCGUCGUUGUGGAGGCGGGCGCAACGUCGGAAGCCGACAUCGCCUACCUCACCGACCUCUUCCGCGAGCAAGCUUUGACGACGACGAAGGCGCCUGCCGCUCCGGCGUCCGCCGCCAAGGCUCGCGGCACGCCGCAGCAGCCCAAGAGCAACGGCCGCGCCAGCGUGCAGGCCACGCCCGCCACGCCUACGCCGCGGGCGGCGGUGAACGGCACGCCGGCCAGCAAGAGCAAGGGCGGAGACAAGACGGCCAGCGCCAAUGGCACGCCCGCCUCGGUCGGCAAGAAGCGCAAGAAGGCGCCAUGAGCUCGCACGCUCUCCAUCUAGACACCUGCAAUGCACUCUCAUCAGCACCCGUCUGUGUGUAAGAGGAUGCUUGCUCAGAGAGGCACGGUCGGGCAGGUGAUGGUACAGUGAGGAGGGCCGCGCAUGUCGGGCAGGCAGGAAAUCAAGGCGGCGCAGUGGGCCAGCCAGGGGCAGGAACAGAUCUAUGAG